ACAUAAGUAAUUUAUGAUGACAAUUGUCGGUUUUCUUUAGGACCCCUCGUGAAUUUUCCGUACAUACUGUGGGGGCCGUCUUCCUCACAAUUGCUUGUUUUUGUGUUUAAAGUUCCGCUUACGAGCUUAACUAAAUUAUUGUAUACUGAGAUAAUCGGAGGUUUAUCUGUGACGGGGAGAAGGUUAGCGCCGGUAGCUGGACACAGUCGUCGUUAAAGCCUGCGGGUAUCAAGCAUUAAUACGUGCUAAUCCCCGAACAGAAAGCGCCCCACUCCAGAGGGAAAGAUGUCCUUUUCUUCAACCUAUAAAAAUAUCAAUGUGUUACCUUCAUCAAGAGAACAGAUAAGUGACUCUGCUGGAAUGAUUGUGAGUCAAGGUGGAUGCUUUACCCAUGAACAUGGGCAGGUAUUGGGCAGUGAGCUUGGGCUGAUGGAGAUGACAGAGGUUGACUGUUCUCACCUUCAGCAUCUUGUGGAGGCACAGUCAGAGUUUCCAGAUGUCAGAUGUCACCUCUCUACAGUGAUGGUUAAAGAACAGGCCACAUCUACAGUGAUUUCUCCCUUCAGAAGCGCUCAAGCUAUUGAUCUAUCAACUUCAAAUGAAGACCACUGUAUAGUAAUGCCUGGAGAAAAGACACCAGUGUCUUAUGGAGAGGUGCCAGGUUUUGUGCUGGCCAGAAUUAGAGCUGAAGAAAGCCCAGCUGAACCUUUUACCAGUGACAAGAAGUCUGUACAGAAUUGCACCAGACCAGCUGCUAGAGUUUGCUUAGAGAAAAGAUUUAGCGCCAUGUGUGCUGAAACCACGAGACAACAAGAUAUACAGUCUGCAGUUCUCAGCAAUUUUUUGACAAUACUUCAGCAGUCUGCAGAGGUUCAAGAGACAGUCAUGCAUCCUCCAAAGCAGAAGUGGGUGAAAAUGGACAGAGCAAAUUCUUUUGGGGUGUCUAGUUCAUAUAUAGAAGGUGUUUAUGGCCCAGUCACCAACACGUGUGGACAGGUUAUGAUCCCCAAGAGCGUUUUAAAUUUUCACCCAGCAGAAGAGCAGCCUUUGGUGAACGUAGAAAAGGAUGCGGUGAUACCCAAAGCUGCUAAAGCCGCCCCAGAUUCUGCUGGAGAGCCACAAAGCAGCAAGAGGAAAGUUGCUAGAUCUAGUAUGUUGCUCAGCCAGCGCCGGGAGAGACACAAUAGUAAGGAGAGGGAACGCAGGAAGAGGAUUCGUUUGUGCUGUGAUGAACUGAACAUGUUGGUGCCGUUCUGUGACUCGGAGACGGACAAAGUCACCACCCUGCAGUGGACCACAGCUUUCCUGAGAUAUAUUACUAAAACGUAUGGAGACACCUUUAAAGAGGAGUUCCAGAAAGUCUUCGCUCAUGAGAAAGAACACUUUGGUAAAUCCAGCUCAGGUCAGGACCCAGUGCACCACAGGAUGGAUGAGACACUGAGCAGCAUUCCCCUGGCAGCAGAGCAGUGACCUCUCCUCAUUGUUUUCUUCUAUAUGUCAGCCACAAAACUGAAUUGAAUUCAACCGUCAGAGUAGCUCAGGCUUGCCCAGUGAGGUGUGGGUGUGGGGAUAAGAUGAAGUAUUGUUGACAUGGUUAAAUAUAACCUUUUGAUCACACUGCAACGAUCUAGAAAGUGGAAGGUUUAGUUCAGGGGCCGAGUUUAACACAUCAACCUUUUGGAAAGGAAGGGCUUUCCACACACAGAUGGCGCUGUUUCUCUUCGAAAAGCACAGGCGGCGCUCUCGUUGGCAGAUGCCGUCCCUUCAACCAUUUUACUUUGAUAAUUUGUGCAGUAUUUAUACCCUGUAUUCAAAAUUGCACUUUAAUGUCUUGUUUUCUGUUCGUUUUUAUUCAUUCAGAAUGUUUUUCUACUGAGUGCCUGCCAACAUCUGUUCUGUAUUUGGAUAUUUAAGCAGUUUGGUAUCGAAGUAAGUGUUACUUCCUAGUUAGUUGAUGGACUUUUUUGAUUUCAGUGUUUACAGCAGAGUAUUCUGAAAUGCAGACUGUUCAUUUGAUAUGUAGAAAAGAGUAAUGUUUUACUGAAAAGUGGCUUUAUUUGUUCUUUCUUACAACAUGUCGCUGUAGCAUCUUACUGUACAUACAACAGUCACCCACAAAUAAUAAAUAGUAUUUAAAGUCAUGUAUAUUUAAUAGUUACAGCACCGGUAGUACAUAGUGGAUGUGGUCAUUGCAGAUUGGAAAAAAAUACUUUGUUCUUAAAAUUCUUAAACUGUAUUUUACAAUGUGUGAUCUAUGCUUUCAUAAAUUUAUUUUGCUUUUGAUUCUGAAGUCUGAAGAAUCAAAUUCACAUGUCAUAAAAAAAAACAACAACAGAAAACAAGCUGUAAAAAAAAA